ACUCGCACUCGCAAGAAGUCCCAGCGCGUUACGUAAGACCAAUGCUGUGGCCGUCCGACGGUGUCUGAAAUCAUGUCCGCGAGCAAAGACCUGGCCGCCUUGCUGCGUGGCCUGCAGCUGGUGGCCAGAGAGGCGGCCAAACUGAGCGAGGCCGAUUGCGCCCGGCGAUGGAACAACUCGAGCGUGCGAACCCUGGCCGAGUCGCAGGCCAAAAAGCUGGCCGAGUGUCUCACUGGGGCGGCCUCGUCGCCAAAUUUACAGGCAAACAUCGACAAAACGGUGAAGGAGGCGGCUGAAAGGUCGCAGAUGGUCGUCGAAGGUCUUCGAGCUUUGGCCUCUUUUUACUCGGGAAAAACUUACUCUGCAAGUCCAGCUGAGACCCUGGAGUCUUUGUCCAAAUUCACACCUCCAGAUUUGUCAAAUUUUAAGCCACCCGUAGAUCCGUUCGCCUCUUUUCAAGAAUCGAUCGAAAAGUUAAAUCCUGUCCAGCCGAUGAUCAAAAACGACACUUUUGCAGAACCGCCUCCAAUGAAACCAAUCAUUGUUAAUGAGCCUCAAGUAAGGAAAGAACCAAAGGUGGAGCCUGUUGUUUAUAAGAGGCCCAAAGUCAAGGCUACGUUGAGUGAAAACGCAAAGCAAAGAGCCGUGCCCUCUUCCCGAAUCGGCCGCCUGAUCUCUUUUGGCAGUUUGGCCGCAGGGCUGGGCGUGGGAACGGUGGCCGAAGCCUCGAGGAGGGCUCUGGGCCUGACUGAAAAAAACGGAUCUUCUGUGUUGGACGCCAGCGCGUUUUUGAGCGAGGCAAACGCUGAGAGAAUCGUCAACACGCUCUGCAAAGUCAGAGGUGCUGCGCUGAAAAUUGGGCAAAUUUUGAGUAUCCAGGACAACAGUAUCAUCAGCCCGCAGCUGCAGAAGGCCUUCGAAAGGGUGCGCCAGUCAGCAGACUUCAUGCCAACCUGGCAGGUUGAGAAAGUAUUAGCGUCUGAACUUGGUUCCGACUGGCGCUCAAAGGUGGCUUCAUUCGAGGAGAAACCUUUUGCGGCCGCCUCCAUCGGCCAGGUGCAUUUGGCCACUUUGCAUGACGGCACGGACGUCGCCAUGAAAAUCCAAUACCCUGGCGUCGCCAAGGGCAUUGAGAGUGACAUUGACAACCUCGUAUCUCUACUCAAAGUCUGGAACAUCUUCCCGGAAGGUUUGUUCAUUGACAAUCUGGUUGAGGUUGCCAAAAAGGAGCUUGGCUGGGAGGUGGAUUACGAACGGGAGGCCGUGUGCACCAAAAGGUUCCACGAGCUGAUGGCCCCUUACCCUGAUUACAUGGUACCUCGAGUUGUUGACGAACUGAGCACCAAACAGGUCUUCACAAGCACCCUGAUCAGUGGGGUGCCUGUUGAUCAGUGUGUCGAAAUGGACCUGGCAACCAGGGAGAGAAUUGCCAAGCUGAUCAUGGAGCUGACUCUGAAGGAACUGUUUGAGUUCCGUUACAUGCAGACUGAUCCCAACUGGUCCAACUUUUUCUACGAUCCUGAGUCCGGACGGUUGGGACUUUUGGACUUUGGCGCCACGAGGGAGUACGAGAAGGCCUUCAUGGACAUGUACAUCCAGGUGAUCAAGUCGGCCGCCGACGGAGACCGGGAGGGAGUCCUCAAGAUGUCGCAGGCCAUGGGCUUCCUCACCGGAUACGAGUCCAAGGUGAUGGAAACGGCCCACGUGGACACGGUCAUGAUAUUAGGCGAGACCUUCCGGUCGGACGAGCCCUUCAACUUCGGUCUGCAAAAUACGACAAGGAGGGUGCAGACGCAGGUGCCCACCAUGCUGCAGCACCGUCUCUGUCCACCCCCAGAGGAGAUUUACUCGCUCCACAGGAAACUCUCUGGUGUUUUCUUGUUGUGCGCCAAACUCAAGGUGGCAAUCUCGUGCAGACCAAUGCUCCAGCGAGUUUGGCUCAAUUACAGAUUUGGAUAGAAGAGGACUGUUGAAAAAAAAGUGUAACUCUUUAAGAAGAAGAAAAGGAAUUUAGAAAAUUCUGAUGAUUAUGAUAAUUUAUAUUAUACUAUUGUUAAUUUAUAACUACAGUAGUGCAUUUUUGUGAUAAAGUAUUGUUUUGAAAAUAAAUUUUGAGUAAUUUUAUGCUG